CAAAUAAAAUGCAUGACUAUCCUAUAAGUACACAUCAAGCCAAAAAUGUAAAAUCAAAUUAAAACGCUUUGUAUCUGACAACAAAGUUUACAAAAUGUAUACUCGGUUGGGCUCACUCCUCGCAACUAAUAAUUAUUGCUCAAAAGUUGUUACGAAAAAUUGCUGCUACGAGUUUACGACGUACCUAUUUCACCCACAUAAUACAAAAGCCCAGAUUUCCACAAGUGCAAUUAAUAUGCACACUAUACAAGUACAUUUGGUUCCAAUAAUGUAAAAGCAAUCUAUUUCCAUAUACGACAAACACAUAAAACACCUAGUUUUACAAAUAUAUUAUUUUUUUUCCUAAUCAGCCGUUCAAAAUAAAUAUUUAAUUGGCAGUAAAUAAUAAUGAUUAUUUUACCUGUUGUGUUUAUACAACAUAUUUUGUGACUUUACUAUAAAAAUAUCAGUCAUAGUUACUGCGGUAUUAACAUUUUCAACGAUGCUGAACGGUAGGUACUAUUACCGUAACUAUACUAUUGACCGUAAAAGAAUUAUUAAAAUAUUAUUCCUCUAGAUUAGUAUAAAGUUUAUACUAUAAACCAUAGAGUAAUAUUACUCCAUGGUUUAAACUUUAGAACAUUUUUGAUCAGGGGAUGUUUUGAUAAACAUAUAGGUACACUAAACUUUUGAUGAAUAAACUUGAGCCCCAUAAGUUGACUCAUGCACUUGGCUCCAAUUUAUGCGAUGAUUGACAAUAAAUGAAUUAUUUCGAUUUGGAACUCGGUUACACAGUACCUACCUACACAUGUCACUAUAUCGUUAAGUAACGGUUACUUAUUCUUCGAGGACAGAUAAAUAUGACACUAAAAUAUCGAAACAUAGGUAACUAUUCAGUACAAAAAACCUUAUAUUGUCUUCCAAAUAAUCAAGUUAAAUGUAAGAAUAUUUUAGGCCGCUACUAUAAGUCUAUAGACUUAUCAAAACGAUCUGACAAAUAUUUUGUCUCGGAAUUGAACGUACACAUAGGUAUUUUCAAAAUAUAAAUACAUAUUUAUUGGGUUGUGUGCUCAAACGUGUGCCCAUACACAUCUUAAUCUUAAAAGUUUGAGUAUAACAUAAUAUAAGUAGGUGAACCUAUAGAAAACACAAUAAUAUAGUACAUAAUACACUGUAUACGGAAUGAAGGCGUGAAAGUUUUGCUUGUAUAGCAACGCAGACUCGUUUUUCCAAACACAAAAAGAUUUUACUAUCGUCGUCAGCGUACUCCAUUUUUUUAGUAUGCUCGGUGAUUUUUUUUUAAAAAAUUAAAAAUUGAAAAUAAAAAAAAUCGACGUAUAUAUUAUUAUAUAUUGCGUCCGCCACGUCAUAUUUUAAACAAAAGUCGAGAACGCGGCGAAAUCAAAGGGGAAAAGCCAGAACGAUACGAUAACGUCUAUUAUAACGUGUUCUUCAUAUAGUAUAGGUAAUACAAUAAACAUUUUGGCGGCUACCGGAUACCAUUGAAACCGGCCCGGAAGUUCCAUGAACGGUCACCACCAGUACCUGCACCACCAGCAACAGCGCCAUCAGCAGCACCACCAGCAGCAGCGGCUAUUGGAGCAACACCAGCGUCUCCUGCCGGACCAGCAACAGCGACGUCUCCCGCAACAGUGCAGCCGACGCCCCCCCGCCGCUGCUCUCGCGGAAGUAUCGCCUAAUCCUGUUCUUCUUACACAGCCCCCGCCGCCGUCGCCGCCGAAACACCGUCCGCGAAUCGUACAUCUCGACAAUGAGGAAGCGCUGUCGGCGGCGCUAACCGCGGACGGUUACCGGUUGGGCUCAACCGUCGGCCACGGGUCGUACAGUAAAGUCCGGAUAGCGUUUCGGACGGUGCCGGUAACGACGUCGUCGUCGUCCAUGGUUCGGGUGGCGUGCAAGGUGAUCAACAAGCGGCGCGACGCUGGCACUUCGUCGUACGUGCGAAAGUUCUUGCCCCGGGAACUGGAAGUGUUGCGCACGGUCCGGCACCCGAACGUGGUCAGAACGCACCGGAUAUACGUGACGCCAUACACUGUGCACGUGUUCAUGGACUACUGCGAGAUUGGCGACCUGCUCAGCCACUUGCAACACGUCAAGUCCAUACCGCAGUGGCAAGCGCACACGUUCUUCAGGCAGAUAUGCGAGGCCGUGGACUAUCUGCACCGAAAAAACAUCUCGCACCGGGACAUAAAAUGCGAAAACGUUCUAUUGGAAAGCAUGCGGACUGUAAAAUUGACCGAUUUCGGGUUCGCCAGGUUGUGCGCGGACGAGAGAGGCCGGAGAUUGAUGAGCCAGACGUACUGCGGCAGUUCGUCAUAUGCUGCACCCGAAGUUCUACAAGGCAUACCGUACGACCCGAUUUCUUACGACAUGUGGGCACUAGGAGUUGUGCUGUACGUAAUGCUAUCCGACGCCAUGCCAUUCCCGCACUCUAACCGACAGCAGAUCGUGGCGAAUCAGAUCGCUAAAAAGUUCUCCAGGCCCAAAAAACCCGUGUCCCGAGAAGCGUUGAAACUUAUCUCGAUUAUUUUAGAACCAGACGUUAACAAAAGAGCAACUAUGAAUCAGGUAAAAAAUCAUCCAUGGGUUAAACAACAAAACCCGUAUCAUACUCAUUAAACUACCAAGAGUAUUCAUAAUUUCUAUAAAAUAGUCGUGAUAAAUCAAAAUUGUAUUGAAAUAGAACUAUAAAAAGCCAGAAUUCAAGAAAUAUUUAUCUAAAUUUCACAGCGAAAACCAAACUCUUUAAAAAUUAAAUAUUUAAAAGCAAACACAAGUAAAAACAUGCACAUAUCCAAUGGCCAAGAUGUCACAAUACAAUAUUAAAUGUGUAGGUAUCAUAAUGUACAUUUUUUAUAAUAAACUUAAAUUUUUGAGUUAAUU